GAUUGCUCGUUCGUCUCCCAAUAACUUCCAUUCCCUGGGACUGCUUAGUUUCCAUCGCACGCCCAACCGCAGUUCAUACUACCCGGGAAUUUCAUUCUAUUCAUAUCUGCUGUUUCACUCACUAUGGAGUGGGACGAGCUGGCCGAGGAAGAGUCCCAAAAGUUGUUCGCUGGCUGGGUUAAGCUCUUGAUGCGCCAGUCUCCAGAACUACCGUUGAAACUCGCCGGUCGCCACUGUCCGGGUAAGCAUCCAGUCGAGGCAUCCAGAUACACCACCGGCUCCUACAAUAUCGUCUGUACCGUUACCUUUGAUGAUGGCUCCAAAGCGGUCGUCCGGUUCCCCAUUUUUGGCCGAAGCCGAUUGCGCAAAGAGAAAACAAACGAUGAGCUGAUCGCCAUGGAUUGGGUUUCCCGGCACACAGUACUCCCUAUACCCAGAGUCCUAGGGAGCGGCUUGUGGGCCUGCGGUCCAUACACGGUCAUAUCCUUUGUCGAGGGGACUUUACUUUCAACGCACGUGCGAGAUCCCUCCGUACAAUCCCCCAGCUUGGAUCCCAACGUCUCGACUGUGGAGCUGGAAAGGGCCUAUCGAUCAAUGGCCACGGUCGUCCUCGAGCUCUCUAAGCUCGAGUUCCCCAUUAUCGGUGCCAUUGGUUUUGAUUCAGGGACAUGGAGAGUUGCCAAACGUCCGUUGACUUUGAAUAUGAACGAGCUUGUUCGGGUGGGCAACCUACCACCAGGCAUUUUUACCGAGGAGUCUUUUCAAAAUGCCUCAGACUACUUCCAGGAGCUGGCAUCACAUCAACUUCUUCAUCUCAGAUACCAGCGGAACAAUGCCGUCAAGGACGAGCAAGACUGCAGGAAGAAGUACAUUGCGCGCUGCCUCUUCCGAAGGAUCGCUCGAGAAAUGCCGACAAAACCGCGGCCAUUUCACCUCUACUGCGACGACUUGCGCCCGUCCAAUGUUCUUGUCAACGACACGGGGUCGGAUUUUGAGGUCACGGGAGUCAUUGACUGGGAAUUCACAUAUGUCGCGCCCGUCGAAUUUACACAUGUUGCGCCGUGGUGGCUUCUCUUUGAGAGCCCAGAGGCCUGGGAGUCCGAUCUGAGGCAGUUUCUUGCGCGGUUUAAGCCACGCCUAGAGCUAUUUCUCAAGUGUUUAAGAGCCAUAGAGGACGACCAGCUGCAGCAGGGAACUCUCAGGGGGUCCCAGCGUCUAUCCGAGCAUAUGGCACCGUCUAUGGAUAAUGGGCGCUUCUGGUUCUGCCUUGCCGCACGGAAGAGCUUCAUGUUCGACGACAUAUAUUGGCAGAUGAUUGAUGAGCAGUACUUUGGCAAGUUUACGACGCUUGAAAGCAGACUUGCUCUUUUAACCCAAGAAGAGCGGGAUGGGUUAGAUGGGUUUGUCCAGGAGAAGCUGAAGCAGGCGGCAGAGAAGACACUGGAUGAGCAUCUGACAUUUGACGAGGUCUUGGAACUUUGAUGGAAAUUCUGCACGCGAAUCCCUGAUAUUCUGACGCCAGACGUGACGGAACAUUAACUCGUUGCUUUAACUCAUUCUGUGACUCCAGCCAAGUCGUGAUGACGCUCGAGCAGUACGCUCAGGCCUCGGACGUCACCUCGGAGCUGUAUUCUAUACUAUGGCCAUCUAACUUAGCGUUUCCCACUUGCUCUUCAAUGCUGCAGGAUGGAUGAACGGCGAUAAUAUAGUUGCCCACGGCGUUCCUUUGCACUGGAAGGCUGCAUAAUCUCGGAGAGCCGGACGACGCUCAGGCUGACCUCGGGAUAGAUGCGGUAGUAGACGAGGAACCAGUACUGCUCCCGUGAGUUCUCGCCACCGAAUUCGUACGUGUAGAUGU